AUGUGACGUACUGGUUUUUAGUUUUUGUGUUUGUCAGCUGGGCGGUGUUGUUCUCAAAGCCGGAAGCAACAAGAUGGCACCCAGCGGCCUGAAGGCUGUUGUCGGAGAAAAAAUCCUGAGUGGCGCAGUGAAGAGUGUGAGAAAGGACGGAGAAUGGAAGGUGUUGAUCGUGGACCAUUCCAGCAUGAGGAUGCUGUCUGCCUGCUGCAAGAUGUCAGAUAUCAUGGCAGAGGGCAUAACAAUUGUAGAAGACAUCAUGAAAAGACGAGAGCCCAUCCCCAGCCUUGAAGCCAUUUAUCUGAUAUCGCCGACAGAAAAGUCUGUGCGAGCGCUGAUUAAUGAUUUCAGAGACACCCCCUCCUUCACCUAUAAAGCAGCACACGUGUUCUUCACUGAUAUUUGCCCUGAUGCUCUCUUCAGUGAACUGGGGAAGUCUCGUGUCUCCAAAGUGAUUAAAACCCUGAAAGAAAUCAACGUGGCUUUCCUCCCCUGUGAAUCUCAGGUUUACUCCCUGGACAACCCUGAUUCUUUCCACUGCUUCUUCAGCCCUCACCGUGCCGCCGACAAGAAUAAGAUGAUGGAGACCCUGGCAGAGCAGAUCGCCACGAUCUGCGCCACGCUAAAGGAAUACCCGGCUGUGCGCUACCGCAAGGGUCCUGAUGACAACGCCAUACUCGCUGAAAUGGUGCUGGACCGUCUGAACGCUCACAAGGCUGACAAUCCCAGUAUGGGCGAGGGUCCGGACAAGGCUCGCUCCCAGCUGCUCAUUGUUGACCGAGGGUACGACCCUGUGUCCCCCGUCCUACACGAGCUCACCUUCCAGGCCAUGGUGUACGACCUACUCGACAUCCAGCAGGACGUUUACAAGUACAAGUCAACAGGAAUUGGGGAGUCCCGAGAGAAGGAGGUUUUGCUGGACGAGGAUGAUGAACUGUGGGUGCAGCUGAGACACAUGCACAUCGCAGAUGUCACAAAAAAAGUAACAGAGCUACUGAAGACGUUCUGUGAAAGCAAACGCAUGAGCACAGAUAAGGCCAACAUGAAAGACCUGUCUCAGAUGCUGAAGAAAAUGCCUCAGUACCAGAAGGAACUGAGCACGUAUUCCACACACCUGCACCUGGCUGAAGCGUGCAUGAAGAAGUUUAAGGGAACCUUGGACUCGCUUUGCAAAGUAGAACAGGAUUUAGCGCUGGGAAUGGAUGCUGAGGGAGAGAAGAUUAAAGACCCGAUGAAGAACAUUGUCCCUGUGCUGCUCAACGCUGACCUGGAGCCACACGACAAGAUCCGAAUCAUCCUGCUGUACAUCUUCCUAAAGAACGGAGUCGCUGAAGAGAACCUCACCAAGCUGAUCCAGCACGCCAACAUCCAGCAGGACAGCAACAUCAUCAGGAACAUGCAGAAGCUGGGCACACCUAUCAUAGCCGGGUCGACCAGCAGUGGAAAGAUCAAACCAGAAAGGAAGGAACGCACCGAGCCCACUUACCAGCUCUCACGCUGGAUUCCCCUCGUCAAGGACGUGAUGGAGGAUGCCAUUGAAGACAAGCUGGAUAAGAACAGCUGGCCCUAUGUGUCUGACCCACCCCCGACCGCCAUAACCGGACAUCCAGUGAGCAGCGCCAGGUUCGGUCACUGGCACAAGAACAAGGCUGCGGUGGAGUACUGCACCGGGCCCCGGCUCAUCGUCUUCUUCAUCGGUGGAGUGGCGCACUCGGAGAUGCGCUGUGCCUACGAGGUGACCCGAGCCACGGACAGCAAGUGGGAGGUGCUGAUCGGUUCUACUCAUGUCCUCACUCCCACUAAAUUCCUGAAUGACCUGAAAAAGCUGGACCAGCCUUUGGAAGGGAGCAGCUGAGAAUCUUCUUGAGAAGAUUCCUGUGUCCUCACCGCCUCGCACCCCCUCUCUUUCUUAUUCUGUACUGUUACUAUUGCAGUGCACACAUAGACCUGGCAUCACACCACACUUCCAUUUCUACAGCACACUUGUACAAUUACUUUAAUUCUAUGGGUCGAAAUUUGAACUCCCAUUGCAUAGCGGUUUUACUAUGAGUUUAAUAGGACACACCUGAGCUUGUUACCUAUGCACUGGUGCUAAUCAAGCUUGUAGUAAAACCUGGAAUGGGUGAAACUGCUGUGCACUGCUGCUGUGUCUUAUUUCCAUCCCUGUACUUCCAAGGGUUGAAAUGUGAACUCCCACUGCAUGGCAGACAUUUGAGACGCUCCAGUACUGUCGGCCUUAACUGUAAUAUACCCAUUCCAUCAGCUCCACUAGCCCAGUCUUUAGGACUCGAUCUUGCCUUGUUCCAUUAUCAAGCUGGGGUUGCCUGCUGCCUUCUCUAUCGCCCAGAGACCAAAGAUCACAUACAUGUAUCACGUUCUUGAAUGAUUCCAGUUCACAAAUUUCUUAACCUACCUCUGAUAUGUCCCUGGUAGUAAGAUUAAUAGACCUUAAUGCAGUUCGAGGUCUAUGUUGCAAUCCUUGCAUUUUAUUGCUCGCGGACGAGAUCGCUUCUAAAAACCAAAAGCUGUGGACAGUACUUAUUUUAUCCAAUCACAAUAUAGCUACACACUUUUUCUAAAACAACUCAGUCUGUUGGCUUCUUUCUUAACCAGAUUAAACACGAAGAGUGUUGAUUGGGUAGUUGUAAAUGGGUAUAUAUACCAAAGCGUGUUAAAAUCUCUCCAAACCAAAAAUAGUGCCUUUAAAACUGCCCUGGAUUAUAGUGCAUUUUUAUUGUUAUAAUAAUUAAAACUGAGAAUGCUACUGCUUUAGAAAGCACAUUGCAAUUUAGCUUGGAGUAACCCAUUUUAAACUGGAUUCAACUUUCCUUUGACGUUGAUAAACUGUAUACAAACCUACACUGCUCUCACUCCAGGUUUGUCUUUCAUGUGUGUCGGACUGACGUUUACAGGCUGUUCAUCUGUAUUAUAAAAUCUGAAAAAAUCAAAUAAAAUGAGCCCGGCAAGGCUAGCCGGAACGGUAGUCAAAUCAGCACCAGCAUUAAAUUAAUCUGGCUACACACGCUCCUACAGAAUAUGAUUCAGUGAAAAUAUUUUGGGGCAGAAGGUUAUUUAAAUAUCUACUCUCACUCUCUUUAAUUCGGUCCUUUAAUCUCAGUGUCAGGUGUGCUGUAAUUAAUCAUUUUGUGAUUUUGAAAAAAAAAAAAAAAAAAAAUUUAAAACCUGCAUGCCUUCUACUGAUCAACCAUAUUAUGUGAUGUGAUCAACUCUGUGUUGUAUUACUAUCAACCCCUCAAGCCCCCCACUCUCCCCUUCCUCGUAAUAAUCAAUGCUCAUUUGAUUAGCUGUUGCCUGUUACACAUUGUUCUGUUAGGGUUAUCAAUUGAUCAUAUUCGGAAUCUUAAUCACACAAACGGAAUACUAAGAGUGUCUUUACCAGUGGUUGUUUUUAUCACACCUUUGAGUGAAUCAGAAGUGUGUUAUCGAUUGUUUUGAGAUGUGACAACAUCAGUGUACUGAGUGUGGUCAGCUUGCUCCCCAUCGGCCAUUCUGAAGCAAUGUGUUACUCUGUUAAUACAAGAAGGAGAGCACACAACGGGGUAGAGUGUUGUGACAGUCUUUCUCUAAAAGUACGUGAUCAGUGUCCAUGCUUGAAUGGUUUUGUCUGAGCGCGCACAUCAGCAAUAGAAACUGGACCAUACCCGUUUUCACCUUGGGAACAGCAUUAGAAAGCGUCUCAGCCUGCAAUUGAAAAAAGAAGUUAACAGCAGGGCAGAUUCUCGUAUUUACAUUAUUCUUGACAUCAGAAGCCAUUAGAAAAGUCCUGGGGAGUUAAUUUAGGACGCAUGAAAAUGUCUUUUUGUGGUGUUUCCCCUUAGUGUAGAAUCUGUAAUAGGUACUGCUGAAGUUAUUUAAGUGUCAGCUUGAGUGGCACCAUCCUUGUCCAGGAGUUAUGCAGAGUCCAUAUAGAAGUGCUGUGUUCUGCAUUUGAUCGAGACCCUAUCAAGGUGUCCUAAUUUAUUUACAGUCCAAUUUAAAAUCAAUUUCCAUGCCUAGUAAGUGAUGCAUAAUGAAAUAGCCGACAUUAACCAUGAAAAGGUAUUGUACCGCUAGUGGUUACCACAAAAACCUGCAUGUCAGGUAUUGGGAACAAUGUGUGGAGUGGCGCCAAUCUUUAUUAAAUUCAAUUCAUUGAUUGUAUUUGUUUCAAUUUCUAUAUUUUAUUUAUUUAAAAAGAAAUAGUAGAUUAUCUUAUAACCCUUUUGAUUUUCUCUGUAACCACGUGUACUUUAUUUCAAAAGAGGUGUGCAUUAUAUAUAUAUAUGUUUGUUUUUGUAAAUUUCUACAAUUUGUAAUGUUUAAAAUCAAUCAGUAAUGCGGUGCUGGGUCUUUGCCUUUUUGUUUUUCUUGUCAUGUCUGCCACACUUAUGUUGGGAGAAAGAUAACUACUGAACUUGGAGCAAAUCUAUUGUAUUUUAAAAUAAAGCUGAGUGCCUGUCUA